ACUUGAAUUUCUUUUGGGGUUAGAGCGUAAACAGAGUUGUUUAUUUUGAAAUACUAUUUAUAAAUUACUAACAACAAUAUAUUAGUGUAAAAAACCAUGGUUUAUAUACAUUUUCCUACGAAUUUAACGGAAGAAGAGUUGAUGCUUCAGGCUAAAUAUCAAAAGCUAAAGAAAAAGAAAAAAGCUUUGCAAGCCCUUAAAGCUCCAAAACCUGAACCUGAGAAAAUAAUUGUGCCGAAACGUCCCGCUGAAGCUCGAGAUGCACGCGAAGUCGCAAAGAAACUUAUCAAAUCAGGUGUCAUCACAGCAAUUCCUAAACAACAAAAGCAACCAGAACAAGGAUUUAAAAGGCCCAGGGGGCUAGAAAGGAAACUAACUUCUGAGAAAACUGUAAGUGGAUAUCAACCAUUUUCAGCAGUGCAAAUGGAAGAGGGGCCUAAUAAUCCAGAGAACAAACCACCUAGAAUAAAAAAUCUCUAUGGGUCACAUUCAAAUGCAAGAGAAUGGGAAAAUGAAAGAGCUGUUGAGAAGCCUAAAGAGAAAACAGAUAAGCCAAGACAGGGCAAUACAAUUUAUGUACAAGGAUAUAAAAUUACCGAAGAGUUUCUGGAGAAACAUUUUAGAACAUUUGGUACCAUUGUCAAUAUAUCAAUGGAAAUUGAAAAGAAUCGCGGAUUUAUAACGUUUGAUAAGGUUGAUUCGGCUGAUAGGGCAAUAUCUGAGAUGGAGGGUUCAAUGGUGUCUGGUAUUCAAUUGAAUGUGUCAUUGGCACGAAGACAACCACAAAUUGAACCAAUUAACGAUGCAACCUCAUCAAAAGCGUGGUCAACUUUGGCUGCAAAUCAUUCACAAAAAGGCAACCAUCGGGACAAACGGGAUUUGGUUACUUAUGAUGAUAUUUUUGAAUAAGUUACGAAUUAGGUAGGUAUCUCUAAAAAUUAAGAAUAAACAUAAGUUGAAACAAUUUUAUUCUAUUAACGAUAUAAAUUAAUUAAUAUAUUGCAACAAUUGUCGGCAAGAGUAACAAUUUAAAUGAA